AACAUAUCCACUGCCUGGGCCUCAUUUAUGUGGAAUCAGAACCAGGAAGUGAAAAUGCACACAGAUAGAUAGUUUAGUUUUGCUCACAGGUCAGGUGACCCAGAAUCCCCAUACUGUAAAGAUUCAUGGUGAAGAAGGAAACCCGGGAGUUGGCCCGCCUCUCUUUUCCUUAGGCUGCCGAGAAGAUGGCGGACAUUCAGACCGAACGAGCGUACCAAAAGCAGCCCACGAUCUUCCAAAACAAGAAGCAUGUUCUGCUUGAAGAAACUGGCAAGGAAAAACUCCCUCGGUACUACAAGAACAUCGGUCUAGGCUUCAAGAUGCCCAAAGAGGCCAUCGAGGGCAUCUACAUUGACAAUAAAUGCCCGUUCACUGGCAACAUCUCCAUCCAAGGUCGGAUCCUGUCCGGUGUCGUGACCAAGAUGAAGAUGCAGAGGACCAUUGUCAUCCGCCGGGACUAUCUUUAUUACAUCCGAAAGUACAAUCGCUUUGAGAAAUGCCACAAGAACAUGUCGGUGCACCUGUCCCCCUGUUUCAGGGAUGUACAGAUCGGCGACAUCGUCACUGGGGGAGAGUGCAGGCCCCUAAGCAAGACUGCGUGUUUCAAUGUGCUCAAGGUCACCAAGGCUGCUGGCACCAAGAAACAGUUCCAAAAGUUCUUACCUGGAACUGGAAAAUAAAGUUAUUUUCUGGCU